CUCCGAUCUUCCAGCAGUCUCACCGACACAAAACCUUACGAAGACACGACCCUUUCGCUUCGUCCUCUCGUGUGCCCAACGCGAACGCCCCCAGGACUCUUUUUUUCUUCUUCUAUUCACAUAUUCGACGUUUGUUAGGCCGCGUCGCCACCAGUCGCAAUCAUGGGUCUCGCCUUUUCUAAGAUUUUCGACAAGCUGUGGGGGAAGAAGGAGAUGAGAAUUCUCAUGGUCGGUCUUGAUGCCGCUGGUAAAACCACCAUUCUGUACAAGCUGAAGCUUGGUGAAAUCGUCACCACCAUCCCCACUAUUGGCUUCAACGUCGAGACUGUUGAGUACAAGAACAUCCAGUUCACCGUGUGGGAUGUCGGUGGUCAGGACAAGAUCCGUCCUCUGUGGAGACACUACUUCCAGAACACCCAGGGCAUCAUCUUCGUCGUCGACAGCAACGAUCGGGAUCGUAUCGUCGAGGCCCGAGAGGAACUUCAGCGUAUGCUGAACGAGGAUGAGCUGCGAGAUGCCAUCCUGCUCGUCUUCGCCAACAAGCAGGAUCUGCCUAACGCCAUGAACGCUGCCGAGAUCACCGACAAGCUCGGCCUUCACAGCCUGAGACAACGCGCCUGGUACAUCCAGUCGACUUGUGCCACAUCCGGAGAUGGUCUGUACGAGGGUCUCGAAUGGCUCGCCACCACUCUCCGAAAGGCUGGUCACCAGUAAACAGACUACCCCAGGACCCUCUACCGGUAGAGCCUCCCGCUCUCCAUCCCGCUUCCCUACCGCAAACUCUCGCAAAGUUCUUGCCAAGCUCGAGAAUUCGGUUGUAAUUUGCAAAGUUAUAUCGAUCAUACCAAUCAAAAUUAAUCCAUAAAUUGUGUCAACUCUUUUCUUUUUUUUCACAGUGCAUUGCACCCAUGCGCUCUCACAUACCACCUGUCGUGAGCCUGUUGAUAUACAUACCCUAACCAUGUGUCUGAAUUGGAGGGGGAGAGGAUCUAGCUCUUGGAAAAGAAGGUUGUGUGGGCGUGUCCAGAAGACUUCGUUUGGAAUUCGUUUCAAAGGGAAAAACUAGAGCUGUGGAUGACCGGGCUGAUCAUUGCCACUUACACACAUCACAGCCAUUCUCAAGCGCUCAAAUAACUUGGAACGGAAAAAGGAAUACUUACAAAAAAGAAGAAAAAGAAAGAAGAAAAAAGAAGUGGCAAGAUUGACAAAACCCGGGAGAGGAAAGUUUGGGGAGAUGCGAGGGGGCUCCUUGUUAUUACGACUGGUGCCUUGGGCUCAUGCUUGAUGACGGUUGUGUCUGUUUUUCAUUGUCUCUCAUGUCGUCGUGUCAUUGCGCUAGAUUGGCGGAGUUGGGUUGUUCGUUGAAGGCCUCCCGGCUGGGAAUGAUCGUAGCGGAUUGAACGGAUGGGUGUGAGGGAACAGGAUUAUCCGUGUUUCUACGCUUUUAUUUUUUUAUUUUUAUUUUUACUUACUCUUCUCCUUAUCUUGUUUUUCUUCUGUUGAUGACAUGAACGGGUGAUUGGCUGUGUGGCAUCGCCACGUCUUGACUAUGGAGGGGUAUGAGGCUGUAUCGUGAAAAUGAAUCAAUGAAUGAAUGGCUGCAUUAAUGG